UCAAGAGGCUCUUUAGUUCUUCUUCACAUUCCGUAAAGAGAAAGAUCUGAGCAGGAGAAGUCAAUAUGUCAGAAACCCGGUCCCGAUGUCAUGAUCCCCAUUUAGGGUCAAUAGGGCAGGAAUGUCUCUGUGUCUCUGCAUCAAAAUGACAGUUUCUUCUUUCUUUUCACAGAGGAGAUACAAAAAUUAAGAUUGAGGAGAAUCUCCAGUAGGUGUGGAAGAUGGCUGGUCAUUACGGGUGGCUGAGAGCCUGCCCACUCUUUCAAGACCAGAAAGUGAGGAAGCAAAACCCGGGACCUGGGAGGCAGAUGGCUCCCCCACCACAGGAGAAAGACUCCACGGUGAAGUGUAAGGACUGUGGAGCCUUUGGGCACACAGCAAGGAGCCUCAGGUGCCCCAUGAAGCGCUGGCAAGGGGCGCUGGUCCCCUUGCCCUUGGGGUCCAGAUUCGGUAAGGAGAACCUGGCGUGGAAGCUGCAGGACACACCGACCCCAGGGACCCCUAACACGGCUGAGAGAGAGGAGGAGGAAAGUCAGAGGAAAGAGGAGCAGCAGAGGAAGCUCCUGCAGCGAUUUCCCAGGAGGCCCCGCGGUCGGCAGCCGCAGAGCUGGAAGGAGGAGCCGGAGCCCAGCCUCUGCCUGAGGCACCCUAACAUGCCCGUUCUUAUCCACACAUCCAAGAGGCAAUCCUUCCAGGAUCCAAAUCACCCAAGAGGGUCACUGAUGAGGAGGGAUGAUGUGAAAUCCAGCCUCCCCACAGUGCCUCUCAUCGGCAGGGAUUUGGCCCCGGCCUCCAAGGGCCGCAUCGAGGCUCCAGGCAAGAGAUGUGCACAGACCCCCAGCCUGACAUGUGUGAACCCCCCAAAGAAACCUAGACUCAGCCCCGUCCAGACCCCCCAGCAGAGCACUCCGACAGCAGAUCUGGGGGCCUUCCUGAAUCUCCCUCCUCCACCCAGCACAGCUGGACGUGGACCGAGAGUGGCCGCCCGGGUAUCCAGGGAGACACCUGCCCAGGGGCAACGGUUUGACCUCCAGCCUCCAGCGGACAGAUCUCCCUCCAGGAGCAUGGGCACCGUCUCCGCAGCCCACCCUGUGCCCAUCAUUCGCGUCCCAGCCCAGCCUCUCAGGAUGCUCUUCCUGAGAGACGGUGAAGGCUGCUGGAGCUGCCGGUACACGGCGCCCCCGUCUCCAGAGCCUGCCCUUCCUGUUCAGAGCCCGUCCGUAGACCAGGAGCCCGACGGACACGCUGUCCCCGGGCCCCGGAGCAUCCUCUUUGAUGACCUCCACGUGUCUUCUUCCUCCGAAGAGAGUGACUGGGAUGAAGACACCAGUGGCAACUGAACCUUGUCCUCCAGUCUCAGGAGGUGCCCUGUCGUGACUGUGACCUUGGCGGGUGGGCUGGGUGUUAGAGGGAGCGGCUGUUCCCGGUGAAGCAGGACUCCCCACCCUGGUGGGUGAGACAACAGUGGGACCGGAUCAUCCUGGGGACACACAGCUGCACACACUGCCCUGUCUCCUCAUGGAAUCCGAGUCUGUCCCAUGGCACUUAUCCAACCAAAUGUCAAGCUGUCAACCUCAAUCUAUUAUCAGGAAUUGAGGCAAAUUCUAGGAGUGACUUUUAACCAUUGGGUAGAUAGGAAGUGAUGGUAGUAUCAGUAGUUGAUGAUGGUAGUGUCUGUGUUGGAUGGUAGUAUCUGUAUCUGAACAUUUGGAACCUGCCUAAAGGGCCUGACUCUGCUCUGCAGAAGGUCAGCCAGGCCCUGUCCUGAGAGAAGUCUUGUGGGCUCUGUGGAGUCUUGCACUAUAAAUCACAGUGGGGAAAAUUCCCGUGGCUGUGCUUAUCAAGUGUCAUUAAAUGUUACUACAAAGCUUUGUUUUAAAAAUUGUCUUUCUGUGUUUUCAGUAUAAACAAAAAAAAUUAUACAAUCCUCUCAAGAGAUGUAGAAAGAUCAUUUGGUCACAUUCAACAUCCUGGUCAGGCAGGCCCUGCACCCAGCCCCUGCAGGGCCUUCCUUCUGCCCUAAAUCAAAUCAGCAAUAGGUCAAGAUCCAUUUCAUAUGUAUAUAUAAUUACAUACUGUUGAAUGUAAUAUGCUAAUAUUUUUUUAAGAUCUUUUGUAUUUAUGUGCAUCAGAAAAUUUUUGAUUUUGUUAUUAUGUAUUACUUGAUUUUGUUAUCAUGGAAUGCUACGCUUAGUGGCUCAGUCGUGCGUAACUCUUUUGGACCCCAUGGACUGCAGUCCGCCAGGCUCCUCUGUCCAUGGGGAUUCUCCAGGCAAGCAUCCUGGAGUGGGCUGUCGUGCCCUCCUCCAGGAGAUCUUCCCAACCCAGGGAUGGAACCCAGGUCUCCUGCACUGCAGGCAAAUUCUUUACAGACUGAGCCCCUAGGGAAGCCCUAUUAUGUCAUCGUGGUAUGAAAAACUAGUUGGAAUCAGUUGCCGCCUUACAUUUGAAUGAUAAUUUUGGUAGGAUUGAUACACUGUCUCCUACAAAUUUUAUAAAAUUUACCAAUGAAAAAGUUUGAAUUUUAAUAAAGUUUUACCA